AAUACAAACACACACACACACACACACAAAUGGUGUCGUCGGAGGGCAAGGAUCUCGACGCGAUGUCGUUUUUCGUGGACAUUGUCACCGAGGACACGUUCUACGAGAAUCUGACCCUCGGCGUGGUCAAAAUACUCGAGGGCUCGCCGUGCGUGAAAAAUGUACGGAUCGAGAGACGAAACGGACAGGAGCCGAGCGCUAUCGCCAGCUGGGAGCAACGUCAUUGCUGUGCACUUCCUGAGGACGUCCGGAAUUUCUACGCCUCGAUUGACGGUUUCCUGCUGCAGUGGAGUCUCGAGAUAGCGGGUGAGGAGUUUUCGAUAGGUCGCAUGGAGAUCAAUAGUCUGUCGUCGUUGAAGCGAUACAUCGACAGGGAUCGUCAGACGGGAUCGUCCGCGUCGGAUUUGGGAACUCACGCGGCGGAAAACGCCACGCAGAACGCGCCGGACAACGACGUGUUCUCCGAUUCCCGCAACGCCAAGUUCUUCGAGAUCGGCCAGUGCUUCCCGGGUCCCGACAACGGCAAAAUCUAUCUGGCGUAUCGCCCCAAACAGGAACAGGACACGCCGAGUAUCUGGCUGCACCGCGACGGCAGCUGGUACCAUCUGGCCGACAGUUUCACCGUGUACUUUCGCAUGAUGCUCGCCCAUUUGGGUUUGCCGUUGUGGCAGUGUUGCGUGUCCGGUUUGGCUCUGCCCACUUGGGUCGAGCAGGCGUACUUUCUGGUCGGGCCGCAUCUCUUGCCGUCCACCGUCGAACCCGCCGAGACCGUGUCCGCGUCGUUGUGGAACAACGGCCCCGUCAACGUUCUCGAUCCGGCUGUCUUCAAGACCAGAGACGGCAAACAGAAGAACGCUCGCAAGAAGUGAAAACGAGAAGUGAGAAAUGCCACCGCUCGGGCAAUUUCUGGUAAAAAUUGCCUUUCGCUCGCACGUGCGCGAAAUCGAUUCUUCUUCUUAUUGCGUGUGAGAGAAUUUCUAUAUAGAUGCAUCUUGUACCUUUGCAGGUCGAGCUUUCCGUUAUAUGUAUUGCGCAACAUAUUAAAACAUAAUUUUUCCGUUCGUUGCGUCGUCACACUUAGAGAGGUUUGCGUUCAGAUGAGAGAGCGUAAAACGA